AUGAGUCACAAGCUCGAAACCUUUGGACUGUGGGCGAUUGUCAGGAUUUUGCUCCGAGGGGUUGGUUGCAGUAUGGCUCCGAAAGCAUUCAUAUUCGGAUGCAUUUUUGACGGCAUCAUCCAUAGUCAUCUUCACGGAACUCGCAUCACCAAAAUUUAA